AUGGCUGUAUUGGCUCAAAAUUGGCAAAGUUUAUUGAAUAUAAGACCGACUGAUAUUCAUGUGGGGAAUGAAGUAGAGGAUGAGAAAAAUGAACAACUUGGUGAAUUAUAUAUGAAACUUAAUGCAGAUGAACUUGAUAAUAUUGAUGAUUUACGACAUGCAUUACGACUUGGUCAACGAUUUACUGAUUUUUUUCGAGAGCAAAAAGUGGAGUAUUGGGAAACUUUAGUCAAACUUGGACAAGAGAAUGAAAAAUUAAAAAAGACAUCGUUUGCAAACGCUGUAGAGGCGGAUACAUUUUUAAAAGAUCAAAUAAGUGAUCUUCAACGUCUCUUGGUUCUUACUGAAAACCAAGCAGACGAAUAUAAAAAACAAUAUGAACAUGAAUUCGACGAACUAGGACAAAUUCGUGAUAAACUUAAAAAAAGUGAAGUGAAAGUUCGAGAAUUACAAAAUCAGAGAGAUGAUUUCAGGAAAAGAUCGGAAGAUUUACAAAAACGUGUAGUAGAAUUGCUUGGUUCAAGUCGAGUAAAACCUGAUGAUGUUGAACGAACACAACGUAUACGAGCUGUGGAAAAAGAACUUAGUAAUCUUUUGGAUGAAAAUAAUAAUUUUUUUGAAGAAAAUCAACAUUUAAGAAAAGACCUAACUGAUCUUCGACGAGAAAAAGAAGAAGUUGGUGCUCAUAUUAAGAAAUUAUCAACUGGUUAUAAACAUAAUAUAGAUCUUCUCAAUGAGAAAGAACAAGAAAAUCAAGAGUUAAGACAACACAUUAAUUUAUUAGAAAGUCAAAAUACCAUGGUUUCUGGUGAUGACGAUGAUGUCAUUAUGAAAGCUGUCGAAGACCGUGUUAAACAAUGGAAAGAUGUUUUUAAAGCAAAAGAUGAUGAAAUCGAUGAUCUAAAACGAAAAAUAAUUAGUCUACAUGAUAAAUUACAAAUUUAUUCAAUGGAAGAUCAAAAAGCUGAUGUUACUGCUUUGAAUAAAGCAGUUGCUGAAAAAGAUCAACAAAUAUUAAUGUUGAAAAAAAAAAGUCGAAGAAGCAACCAAUGA